AUGUCCCAAGCACCACCGUGCCGCACAGUGCCCGGUCUUCUCUUCUUCACUCCCACAGCACUCUUUGCCGCCGGCCGAUUCUCCCCGUCGUCUAUUCCAUCCUCUAUCCUUCUUAUUUCGGCCGUCAAUUUCAGUACCAAGCUCAUCCCAUUUUACUCUCCCCCAAUCACUUCUCACGUCGCUUUUGCAUUUGCUCUCUUCACUCUCCAGGCAUGGCCAUCGAAUGACAAAGGGGAACCUAGUACCCCUCCUCUCUCGCACGUUUCUCUUCCACCACUCGUGAGUAGCCAGAUGGUCUAUCUUCAAAUCGUCACUUUCAUAUCUUCAGUCUUUUCGGGCGGAACAAGUACCAUUUCAUAUUCUGGAAUGUUCAGCCAUAUCCAGCUCACCAAAGGACUUUCCCUUCAUACGCCCGACGAUCUCCGCCCUCUUUUAUGUACCGCGAUAACUAAUACGUGUGGGGGAACGUCCCUCCUUUCAUAA